AUGAACGUAGGGCAGCAGACGACACGCCGAUUGGCCGCCAAAAGUGCAGCCGCCGCUGUGCAGUCCGAAGACCAAGCGCCGCAGCAUAUACCCCCCGUCGCCCAGGCCGCCCCGUCAACAGCAUACGCCGUCAACGCCGGUGUGGUACUGUCCCGCCCACCUCAAAUCACACGAGACCUGCACCCGUUCGAAGCCGCCUUCUUCCUGUAUCAGAAGCGUCUCAAUGAGCGCCUCGCCCUUCCCUUCACGCGCUACUUCUACUUCAAGAAGCGCACGCCCGCCGAUCUGGAAUGGAAACGCAAGAUGAGGCAACGGCUGACGCCUGCUCGCGACAUUGGACGAUACAACGGCUACAACUCCGAGGCAUGGAAUGACGAAGUGCUGGUGGGUGCAAAGGAAAGCGAUGUUCAAUGGCAGGUCGAUCGACUACUCGAAGACGCAGCGACCGAUGGACGAGAGGCUGGCGAGUCUGAGGACAAAGGCAUGAAGAAAGUGGAGCGAGAACUGUUCGACAAACCCAUGCCGAGACGUACAGAGGCCGAUGAGAAAAACGACACCAAGAGCUUGAACCGAGCGCUGCAGAGGACGCUAUACCUGCUGGUUAAGAACAAGGAGGGACAAUGGCAGUUCCCCCAGGAUCGAUUGAAGGAUGAAAACCUGCACGGAGCGGCAUCGCGCAUCAUCACUCAAGCCGGCGGACCCAACAUGAACACCUGGCUCGUCGGUCACGUCCCCAUCGGACACCAUCAGAUCGAAUACACCAAGACCACAAAGCUCCCAUCCGGCCUCACAGAGUACGGCGCGAAGACCUUUUUCUUGAAGGCACGCAUCAUGGCGGGUCAGGUCAAUCUGAAGGAGAACAAGCUUGGCCACAAGGACUUCAAGUGGCUGGCUAAGGACGAGCUGCAGAAGGUAGUUGAAGAACCGUACUGGAAGAGCGUCAAGAAUAUGCUUGCCGAGCGAUGA